AUGCAAUACAAGAUUCUUGCCCUUGCUGCCAUGGCAGCCACGGCUGCAGCCGGUGUUCCCCAUCUCGCCGCUCGGCAGACGGACAUCAACCCAUCUGCCUGUGCCUCAGCUCUCGAGACCAUCAUCACGGACUUCCCUGUUGUUCCUGACAAUAUUGUCUCCGCCACCGACAUCUCCGUCGGCACCGCCACAGACUCGUGCGCCAUCAGCUACCCAUCCAGUCUGAGCAGCGCGGUCUCCAGCUUCGCCUCCGAGGUCUCCUCCUGGUACUCCAAGAACAAGGACAAGGUGGCGUCCCUGACCUCGGCAUGCCCCGCCCUCGGCGACAAUGGAAUCAGCAUGGAUUUACAAUGCGCCAGCUCCUUCCUGGCCCAGCAGACCACGUCUGGGAGCAGCUCCGCCACGGCGACCAGUUCAUCCGGUAGUUCUGCCAGCGCUGCUGCUACCACUUCAAGCAAGGGCGGCGCCGCGCGGGAGACGGGAGCGUUCAUGGCCGCCGCAGCGGCCGUGGGUGUUGCCGUGAUUGCAUUGUAA